CUCCCCACUGUUGUUUUUCUGACCCCUCGCUCUCUCUCUCUCUCUCUCUUCUUUAUACACUUCAGAAAUACAUCGUAUCUGCAUAUAUAUAUUUUCUUGAUUUUUAAAACCCUUUUUUGCCCCUUUUUAUUUUCUUUCCUUUUGGUGGGAUCCUUUUUCCUUUAUGUUCCAAAGGCAACCUUUCUUUUUUUUUUAGGUUGAAGAGAAACUCUUGAAAAUAGACACGGCUGUGAUGGAUGAGAUUGGAGUUGAUGUCAGGUUAGAAAGUUGAAUUUCCCACCUCCCAAUAAAAUUAUUAAUUCUUCUUUUUCUUCUCUGUUUGUAGAAUAUUUUUGUAUAUUUUCUUGUUGAAUUUGUUAAACUGAUGUAAAAUUUUGAUAGCGGUGAACAAUUCUUCUAUCAUUUGACAAGAAUUGUAAUUUUUAGGAACUUUUGGCUUUGUCAUCUUUUGGGUUUUAUUUAGGGGGUUUGAGCUGUUGGGUGUGUGAGUAGUAAUUUAAAGUUACAAUUUUUUGGUUGUGUUCAUGAAUUAUUGGAAAUUCUGACGUGGGUCCAUUUUGAGAAUUCAAGAAAUGAACUUGAAUAUUGAGAAAUGAGUAUUUGGUAAUUGCAGUGUGUAUUGGAUUUUUGUCAAUUCUUGAUUUUUGUGAACAAUUUGAGGAUUGUUGUUUGUUUAUUGGGUGUAUAUAUAGUAUUUUUUUCCUUUCAUUUGAUUUGAAUGGAGUACUGUAUGAUUGAUGCUGAUGGAUUGGGCAACAGCUCAGACAUUGAAGUCGAUGACAUAAGGUGCGAUAAUAUAGAGGAAAAAGAUGUGAGUGAUGAAGAGAUUGAUCCCGAGGAAUUGGAGAGGCGAAUGUGGAAGGAUCGCGUCAAGCUCAAGAGGCUUAAGGAAAGGCAGAAACUUGCUGCACAGCAAGCUGCAGACAAGCAGAAGAAUAAGCAAACCACUGAUCAAGCUCGGCGGAAAAAGAUGUCAAGAGCUCAAGAUGGGAUUUUGAAGUACAUGUUGAAGCUCAUGGAGGUUUGCAAGGCUCGAGGAUUUGUUUAUGGCAUCAUACCCGAGAAGGGAAAACCAGUGAGCGGUGCGUCUGAUAACAUAAGAGCUUGGUGGAAGGAGAAGGUGAAGUUUGAUAAGAACGGUCCUGCUGCAAUAGCAAAGUAUGAAGCAGAAUGUCGUGCGAAAGGAGAGGGCGUUGGUAAUCAAAAUGGUAACCCGCAAAGCGUUCUGCAGGAUUUGCAAGAUGCAACAUUGGGAUCCCUUUUGUCUUCUUUAAUGCAACAUUGUGAUCCACCUCAGCGGAAGUUCCCGCUGGAGAAAGGUGUCUCACCGCCCUGGUGGCCAACAGGAAACGAGGAAUGGUGGACGAAAAUGGGACUGCCUAAGGGUCAGAAACCGCCGUACAAGAAGCCGCAUGAUUUGAAGAAAAUGUAUAAAGUUGGUGUUCUAACUGCUGUUAUAAAGCAUAUGUCACCUGAUAUCGCAAAGAUCAGGAGACUAGUCCGGCAGUCAAAGUGUUUACAGGACAAGAUGACUGCGAAGGAGAGCUCAAUAUGGUUAGCUGUCUUAAGUAGAGAGGAGUCCACUAUCCAGCAACCGAGCAGUGACAAUGGGUCAUCCAGCAUAAGCGAGGCACCUAAUAGAAUUCGCGGUGAAAAGAAGAAACCUUCUGUUGAUAGUGACAGUGAUUAUGAUGUUGAUGGUGUCAAUGAUGGUAAUGGCUCUGUUUCAUCUAGAGAUGAGAGGGGAAAUGAACCAUCGAAUGCUCGUCCUCAAUCUCAUCAAGGUAAGGAGCAAGGAAAUGGACAACGUCGAAAAAGAAAACGUGCUAGGUCGAACCCUCAACAGACUCAACUAUCUCUCAACAACCAGCAACCUGAUGAUGAGGCUAGAAAUACCUUACCUGAUAUAAACAAUUCAAAUGUGCAGUUUGCCGGGCACAUCACAAAUGAAAGCCAACCAGAGAAGGAUCAACCUGAAUUACAAUUAAGAGACUCUAACCUUUCCGUGGUUCCAUCAACUAAUGCGGUCUCUACAGAGGAUGCAUUCAUCAGCAAUGGGCCAUCAAUUUAUCCAGUGUUGGAAAACUCUGAGGUUGUCCCAUAUGAAUCGAGAUUUCAUCUUGGAACUCAAGAUUCUGUUGUGCAGCACCAGCUUCAUGAUACUCAAUUGCAGAGCAGACCCCAAUUUUCUGGGAUGAAUAAUGAACCUAGAAGUUCCAUAUUUCAUUAUGUACCUCCAAACAAUGGGUUACAUAAUGGACCUGAAAAUUCUGUCCUACAUCAUGAAUUACAGGAUCCCGGUUUUGCUCAUGGAUCUCAAUAUCCUAACUUGCAUCAACCUCAUAUAUAUCAAUAUUAUACACCGUCAGCUGAAUUCGUGUCAGCUCAUGAUGAACAGCAGUCUCAUUUGGCGUUCAAUGAACCUCAGAUUAAAACAAAGGAUUCUGGAGUUAGGUCAUCAGUGCUUCAUGGAAGUAGAAAUGAUAUUGCCAGAGAAGACCACCGUUAUGGAAAAGACACAUUUCAGCAUGAUCAUGAUAGGCCUGUUGAGAUGCAUUUCGCAUCUCCAAUUGCUGGUGGCUCACCGGAUUAUGCUAGACUCAGCAGUGCAUUUAACUUUGAUCUUGAUGUCCCAAGUACAUUAGAUACUGGUGAUUUUGAACUAUUCCUUGAUGAAGACGUGAUGACAUUCUUUGCCUCGUAAACAACUAUGCGAAAAAUACAACAUUUAGAAUGUACCUGAAAACUGCUGCAACAUAUAGUUAGCUGAAGUGAGUCCUCUCAUAAAUGAGAACCUGGACUGUAAGUUAUGGUAUCGGCUGUCAAAAUGUAAAUUCAGUAGCAGAAAUUCUUUUUUUUUCCUCCUUUUCUUGGCAAGUCUUUUACAUGUUGCAGACCUGUGCUUCGCGUAAUUGGGAUAGUUUCUGAUUGACAAAAGGCAGGAAAGCCAGAGUUCCUUCUCAUCUUCUUUAUUCAUAGCAAACUUUCACGUCAUGCUAAGAAAUGAUAUCUCAAGUGCUACAAAUCAAAAUGGUUACACGUAUUUGUUCCAUUCUUGAGGAAAAGCAUUAGUACAGGUUCCAGUGCUCAUUUCGAGGUUCUCAUUCUUUAUAAUAUGGAUACCACAUUCAUCAACAGCCUAAUUAACAUGCCAAGUAGGCUUCAUUAAUUUGUGGAGCAGUUUGUGCCAUUUGUUCUGGAAAAUGGUAAGGUAAUAACAAGAGUAAAUGAAGAGGGGAUAAAGCAAUGGAAAUCCUUACGAGUGGUCUGAGUCUCGACACCAACUUUCCAAUCCUUGCGGAGUUGAACUGGAUCUGUGCAAAGUAGGAGGUAAAUCUGUACAUAAGAGGAAAUUUAGCUGAAUACCGAGGGAAAAAAUAUAAAUCAGCACUGCUUCCCCUACCCCUCCCAACUUUCAACCCUUGAACAACCCAUUAUCUAAGUUUGAGUGUGUGAAGAUUCUCUUGUAAUGCCAAAGAGAUUGACUUUCUACGGUCUACUUUAAGCUAAAGUCUCUGCUGUCAUUCCUGUCACAAAAUCCCAACUUGACACCAUCUUAGUUACAAUAGCUUAACAUCACCUUAGCGUUGUCUUAUUGAGCAUCAAAAGUUGAACAUAUGACUUCAUUUUUAUGUUCCAUCUUAAAAAUGCAUUAUUAUUGGUUUUACAUUGAGUUGUGCUUUUGUUCUCACUCCAGAGAGUGAAGAGUCAAAAUGAAAAUACAAUACACCGAAAUCAGCAAAGAAUGGGAAAUCACAUAAUCCUGGAUGAUAUGAUUUAUAAGAAUAGCAUAAUACAAAUGAUCAUUUUAAUUUUUUUUUCCCUUUUCAAAAAAUGAUCUUCAUUUUCCCUUUAUCCUUUGUUGUCAAAUACAAAUGGGAGUAUGGGACUGUUGAGCAUGACUAAUUAUGACAUCCAGAAAAGAGCUUGUGCAUCUCAAAUUAUGUUUAUGAUGAACCCUAAUCUUGACUGCGGAUGAUGCUUUUGUAAUGAUUUUUUAAUGAGUGCAUCUUGGAAUUUAAAAAGCACUUGAGCAAUGCACUAGUUUGCUGUUUUUUAAAUCAUUUAGUUGUUGACACUUUACUCUCGGGAGUGAGAACAAAAGCACAACUCAAUGCAGAAACAACAACAAUAUGUUUCUAAGUGAAAAGAGUUCGACUAAAGGCAAAAAAACAAAAAGAGUGCUGAGGUUCAUUGGGGCUUUAAGCCCCAAAGCGCAAACAAAGUGCGAGUUUUAAUGAAGAAACACCCAAAUGAAGAAAAUGGGAUAGCUAUAAGCCCAAACGAAAACUAUAUGGGCAAAUGGUUGAAAAUAUCUGAAAUUAAGAGAUAUAUUUUUUGUUUAGUCUUCCCUCUGCUAGACAUAGCCCAUAGUUGAUGAUUGAUGCGUACGUUAAUGCUUUGAUGCCUUGAAUUGAAAGCGAGCGAGGCACUCAAUAUGGCUAAAGCUUUCAUUCAUUGGGAAAGAUAACAGCUAUGUUGCGCGGACUCUCCAAAAUGUAGCCGCACCCGUGUCGGAUCCUUCAAAAAUGCACUACUUUUGGAGGAUCCGACACAUAUCCGGCCACAUUUUCGGAGAGUCCAAGCAACAUAGGAUAACAGGAUGUUCCAAUCUUUUGAGUUUUGAGCUUC